AUGUAUAUUUGCCUUUUGCAGCUAGUGGCUGUUACUUCACUCUUCUUCAUCCUGCUGUCUAUUACUACUUUCUGUUUGGAAACUCAUGAAGCUUUUAUUGUGGACAUAAAUGUAACAGAGGUUGUCAUAGUGGGAAAUGUGACAGAAACCCUUGUGAUGAAAGAAGUGGAAACAGAGCCCAUUCUAACAUAUAUAGAGGGUGUCUGUGUUUUCUGGUUUACAUUGGAGUUCCUGGUUCGAAUUGCCUGCUGUCCAGAUAAACUGAUUUUUAUUAAGAACAUGCUAAACAUCAUAGACUUUGUAGCCAUACUUCCAUUUUACCUGGAGAUAGGUCUUAGUGGGCUGUCAUCCAAGGCUGCGAGGGAUGCCCUAGGAUUCCUGCGUGUAGUACGCUUUGUCAGGAUAUUGCGCAUCUUCAAACUGACUAGACAUUUUGUUGGGCUACGAGUUCUUGGACAUACCCUGCGAGCUAGCACCAAUGAAUUUCUUCUUCUAAUCAUCUUUUUAGCUUUAGGGGUUCUAAUAUUUGCAACUAUGAUCUAUUAUGCAGAAAGAAUAGGUGCAAAACCAUCAGACCCAAGUGGAAGCAAUCACACGCACUUCAAGAACAUCCCAAUAGGGUUCUGGUGGGCUGUAGUAACUAUGACUACACUUGGAUAUGGAGACAUGUAUCCACAGACAUGGUCUGGUAUGCUGGUGGGUGCCUUGUGUGCUCUAGCUGGAGUACUCGUUAUUGCCAUGCCGGUUCCAGUUAUUGUGAAUAAUUUUGGAAUGUAUUAUUCUCUUGCUAUGGCAAAACAAAAGCUUCCAAAAAAGAAAAAGAAACAUGUCCCUAAGCCUACUCAGCUGGACUUCCCAUCUACAGCUAAAUCGGAGGACUCCUUACAUUGUACGAGCACUCAAAGUGAAUCCUGUCCAUUGAGAGUAGAAGAUGUUACAGAAAAGAAGACAGGUAAGAUGCAAAACAAACAUGUGUUGUGA